AAUGCCGCACACAUCGUCGUGGGGCGGACAGCAGAAGCAGCAGCAACAAAGAUAAAGCAAAGCAGCGAACAGAACCCAUCGUUUUUCUUUCCCCUAGCUCGCAGCCACCUCCCCCCUUCGCCUUACACACGUUCCCCAACAGCGAACAUGGAGUACUUCAUCGGAUUUGACGUCGGCACUGGGUCGGGACGCGCCUGCCUCGUCGACCGCAAGGGAACCCUCAUCGCGGACCACUCUGUCGCCACCGAGACACGCCGGUCCCCCAACGACCACCGCAUCUUUGAGCAGUCGACCUCGGACAUUUGGGCCGCGCUCGCGACGUGCUCCAAGGCCGUCAUCAAGGCCGGCGGUAUCGACCCCUCGGCUGUCAAGGGCGUCGGCUUUGAUGCCACCUGCAGCCUUGCUGUUGUCGACCGCGCCGGUCGCCCCGUGAGCGUGUCCCGCUCCAGCUCGUCCCAGACCGAAGAGAGCGACGACAACCUCGGCACCGAGGGCCAGUGGAACGUCAUCCUCUGGGCUGAUCACCGCGCCGAGGAAGAGGCCGAGCUCAUCAACUCGACUGGCGAAGGCGUCCUCGACUUUGUCGGAGGCACCAUGAGCCUCGAGAUGGAGACGCCCAAGACCCUCUGGCUCAAGAAGCACAUGUCUCCGGCCAAGUUCAAGGAGUGCAUGUUCUUUGACCUGCCCGACUACCUCACCUACCACGCCACCUCGUCGCUGGCGCGCUCCAACUGCUCACUCGCAUGCAAGUACUCGUACAUCCCCCCCGGCACUCGUGUCCGCCACCAGUGCAACGGCGGUGAGGAGGAGGUCAGCAAGGACGGCUGGUCGGCGCGCUUCUUCAACAAGAUCGGCCUCGACGACCUCGUCAAGGACGACUUUGACCAGCUCGGCGGCAUCCCCGGCAAGAACGGACUCGUCCUUACCGCUGGCCAGCCCGUCGGCAAGGGUCUUAGCAAGUCUGCGGCGGCCGACCUCGGUCUCGCGGAGGGCACGGCUGUCGGCAGCGCCGUUAUCGACGCGUACUCGGGCUGGAUCGGUACCGUUGCGGCCGUUGCGACCUCGAGCUCGGGAGAGAAGGAGCCUGUCCCGACUCUCGACGACGCUGCUCGCCGUCUCGCCGCUGUCGCCGGUACGAGCACAUGCCACCUGGCGCAGAGCAAGGAGGGCAUCUCGGUUCCUGGCGUCUGGGGCCCGUACCGCAACGCCAUCUUCCCAGGCUAUUGGAUGAACGAGGGCGGCCAGUCGUCCACCGGUCAGCUCAUCGACUUCAUCAUGACCACCCACCCCGCCUACCCGCAGCUCGUCGAGCUCGCCGCGCAGACCAAGACGAGCACAUACGAGCUCCUUGGAAAGCAGCUGGAGAAGAUGCAGAAGGCGGAGAAGGCGGAGACUUUGACUCACCUCACCAAGGACCUGCACUUCUACCCCGACCUGCACGGCAACCGCUCCCCACUCGCGGACCCCAAGAUGCGCGGCAUGAUCUCUGGCCUGGCUCUCAACGCCACGCUCAACGACUUGGCGGCCAAGUUCAACGUCACCCUCGAGGCCAUUGCGCUGCAGACCAGGCAUAUUGUCGACGCCAUGAACAAGAAUGGCCACAAGAUCGACUCCAUCUACAUGAGCGGAUCGCAGGCAAAGAAUGGCCCCCUUAUGCGCCUGCUCGCCACCGUCCUCCAGAUGCCUAUCAUCAUUCCUCCGCACCCUUCCUCGGCAGUUGUUCUUGGUUCGGCGAUGCUCGGACGUUUUGCAUUCGAGCAGGCGCAAUCAGGAGAGAUCAGCUCGCAGACCGAGGCCGAGACGGCCGGCGAGCGCGACGGCGCCAAGCUUUGGGACAUUAUGGUCGACAUGACCCAGCCCGCGACGCGCGUCGAGCCACGCACCGGCAAGGAGGGUGAAAGGGAGCGCAAGCUGCUCGACGUCAAGUAUGAGAUCUUCCUCGAGCAGGUCGAGACGCAGCUGCGCUGGAGGAAGCGUAUCGCCGAGGGGACCAGGGAGUAGGACAUUUGUACAUUGAUUUAGGCCAAUUUGCAUUAGACUUUGAGAUGGACUUUGUAAUAAAAUCAUAUUAA